CUUGUUUUAUUUCCUCUUUGUGUGAUUUAGGUUACCAUGGCCUUUACUGUGAAGAAGAGUAUAACGAAUGCCUUUCUGCACCCUGCCAGAACGGAGCCACCUGCAGAGACCUCGUCAACGGCUAUGAGUGUGUGUGCCUUGCUGAAUAUGAAGGAAGGCACUGUGAAUUAUACAAAGAUCCUUGUGUUAACAUCAACUGUCAGAACGGCGGCACUUGUGACAGCGAAGGUCUAAAUGCUACAUGUAUUUGUGCACCUGGAUAUACAGGUGAAGAAUGUGAAAUUGAUGUAAAUAACUGUGACAGCAACCCAUGUCACCAUGCUGGAACUUGCAUAGAUCAGCCUGGUGGUUACAUCUGCCAUUGUCCACAUGGAUGGGUCGGUGCGAACUGCGAAAUACAUCUGCAGUGGAAGUCUGGGCAUAUGGCAGAGAGUCUAACAAAUAUGCCUCGUCACUCUCUCUACAUCAUAAUUGGGGCUCUCUGCGUAGCAUUUGUCCUGAUGCUGAUCAUUCUGAUUGUGGGAAUAUGUCGCAUCAGCCGCAUUGAAUAUCAAGGCUCUUCCAGGCCAGCCUAUGAGGAAUUUUACAACUGUAGAAGCAUUGACAGUGAAUUCAGUAGUGCGAUUGCUUCUAUCCGACAUGCCAGGUUUGGCAAGAAAUCUCGACCUGCAAUGUAUGAUGCAACUCCCAUUGCUUAUGAAGAUUACAGCCCAGAUGACAAACCUUUGGUUACACUGAUUAAGACAAAAGAUUUGUAAUCUAGUGUAUCUUUUUUGGAUUAUUUUUCAAAAGGAUGGGCUACUAACCUAAUUUAAAUAUUUUUAAGAAGAAAGCAUAAGUAAUUUAAACCAUUAGAUGCUUCAGAAUUUUCUGUAGAAUAUUUAAGAACCAAUUUUCUGCAGCUUUUAGUUUGGAAAAAUAUUUUAAAACAAAAUUUGUGAACUUCAUAAGUUACAUUUUAAUGUACCUUGAGCUCUAGAAACUAUAAGCUUAUGAUAGUGUGUGCUUUUUUCUUGGUAGACACUAUUACUAAACCCAGAUGAGUUUCUUGUGGUUGUUACAGAACAGAAAACAGUAAUUAAUGAGGAGUUCUUUAUGACAUGUCAGUGCCAGCUUUCUCAGUAGAGGUAGGAAAAAUGUGAAGCAUAAUAUGAUAUAUAAUAUAUCCAUUAAUUAAAAAAGUCUAAAAUGUUUGUGUUGUGAAAAAGAAACUAGUAAAAAUUAUUAUUCCUAAUCUGAAUGAAUUAGCUUUUGCCUUAUUCCAUGCAUGGAUAGAUAACCUAUUUCUCCAUUAUUUCCUGAAAGUUGCUGAAACAUACUCUUGAGUUGAUGUUUGACAUUUUUGUAAUAGUAUUCAGGCUAGGCCUUGUAUAAUAAUUAAAGUGCCUCUUGAGGCAAAGUAAGGGCACGAUCCUUUAAACAUUGAAAUCAAUGUGAGAACUUCCAUUGGCUUCAGUGGGCAUGGGAUUGGAUCCUAUAAUUGGACUGAAUCUAUAUUUUUCUUUAAAGGUUAAAGUUUUUUAUAUUGUGAGUAAACUAAGCAUAUGAUUUGAGUUUGUUUCCUAAAGGUUGUUGAUGUACAGUAUUGGUUCAUGAAAUGUGUAUUUCUCAUAGUGCUUCUUAUUUAGGAUCAGUAUGGGGUUUUUGUGGCUGUAUUUGAUUGCUUAUGGGCUUCUUAAAAUUCUUGCUUAUUUCAGAAAAUAUUGAAUAAAUGUUAUCAAGUGAAGAUUGCA